AUGGCUUCACCUCCAACGUCACCAGUAAAUUUGCAUGCGAGCAAGCUUUCGGUGACAAACGAGGAAGGUGUCAACGCUCAAACCUCUAUUCGGAAGCCAGGAAUGAAAAUCGCUGCCUUGGUUGAAGAUGAUGAAAUGGCUAGUCUUCCACAAAGCACAUCGAACUCGAAAAGUUACUUUCGAAACGGUCAUGCUUCGUUUCGACUUCGGAUGCUUCAAGAGCAGCACGGCACUGGUUUCGAACCUGUUAGUUUUAUUGAAUAA